AUGACAGUAAGGGGGGCCGCACUGGCCCCAGGCCCGGUGUCGCCCACGACAGCAGCGGCCUCGCCCAGCGUCUCCGGGAUCCCCGAAGGCAGCCCCACGGCCAUGGAGCAGCCGGUGUUCCUGAUGACGACCGCCGCGCAGGCCAUCUCCGGCUUCUUCGUGUGGACGGCGCUGCUCCUCACCUGCCACCAGAUCUACAUGCACCUGCGCUGCUACAGCUGCCCCAACGAGCAGCGCUACAUCGUGCGCAUCCUGUUCAUCGUGCCCAUCUACGCCUUCGACUCCUGGCUCAGCCUCCUCUUCUUCACCAACGACCAGUACUACGUGUACUUCGGCACCGUGCGCGACUGCUACGAGGCCCUGGUCAUCUACAACUUCCUGAGCCUGUGCUACGAGUACCUCGGCGGAGAAAGCGCCAUCAUGUCAGAGAUCAGGGGGAAGCCCAUCGAGUCCAGCUGUAUGUACGGCACCUGCUGCCUCUGGGGAAAGACGUACUCCAUUGGAUUCCUGCGGUUCUGCAAGCAGGCCACCCUGCAGUUCUGCGUGGUGAAGCCGCUCAUGGCUGUCAGCACCGUGAUCCUCCAGGCCUUUGGCAAGUACCAGGACGGCGACUUUGACGUCGCCAGCGGCUACCUGUACGUGACCAUCAUCUACAACGUCUCCGUGAGCCUGGCCCUCUACGCCCUCUUCCUCUUCUACUUCGCCACCAGGGAGCUGCUCAGCCCCUACAGCCCCGUCCUCAAGUUCUUCAUGGUCAAGUCCGUGAUCUUCCUCUCCUUCUGGCAAGGCCUGCUGCUGGCCAUCCUGGAGAAGUGUGGGGCCAUCCCCAAGAUCCACUCGGCCCGCGUGUCGGUGGGUGAGGGCACCGUGGCCGCCGGCUACCAGGACUUCAUCAUCUGCGUGGAGAUGUUCUUCGCGGCGCUGGCCCUGCGACACGCCUUCACCUACAAGGUCUACGCCGACAAGAGGCUGGACGCGCACGGCCGCUGCGCGCCCAUGAAGAGCAUCUCCAGCAGCCUCAAGGAGACCAUGAACCCGCACGACAUCGUGCAGGACGCCAUCCACAACUUCUCGCCCGCCUACCAGCAGUACACGCAGCAGUCCACGCUGGAGCCCGGGCCGGCCCGCCACGGCGGCGCCCACGGCCCCUCGCGCUCCCACAGCCUCGGCGGCGCCCGCGACACCGAGAAGACGCUCCUGCUCAGCUCUGACGACGAGUUCUAA